AUGGGAGCCUCAUGGAUCGUGUGUGUCUGUAAAACGGAGGACAAUAUUCAUAACAUCGAUUUUGUGCGCUUUAAGAUCAGGGACCUGGAGACCAGCACCGUCCUGUUUGACAUCGCCAAACCCCACAGUUCCGGGUCAGCAGACGAGGAGGAGAACCGAGAGGCGGACGCCAUCGCCGGCCGGUUCGUGCGCUACCAGUUCAGCCCGGCCUUCCUGAGAUUGAGGACCGUGGGAGCCACGCUGGAAUUCACCGUUGGGAACCGGCCUUUAAACCACUUCCGCAUGAUCGAGAGGCACUACCUCCGCCAUCACCUGCUGAAGAGCUUUGACUUUGUUGGCUUCUGUAUCCCAAACAGCUGGAACAGCUGUGAGCACAUCUACGAGUUCCCUCAGCUGGCCGAGAGCCUGGUCCGUCAGAUGGUGGAUCCGUGUCCGUAUGAGACCCGGUCAGACAGCUUCUAUUUCGUGGAGAACAGACUGAUCAUGCACAACAAGGCAGACUACGCUUAUAACGGUGGACAGUGAAAAAACACACGCCU